AUGGCAAGACCCGACUCACACACUAUCGACAGGGAGAUAGAGAUCAUUGUUGCACAGCUCGCUGUCUUGCAACGUCGGGAGGAUGAUUUCACUCGCAUACUCACUGACAUGACCCGACUACGGGAUUCGGUCCAGGUAGAGAAGGCCGUGCUGAACUCGAGGGUUGCGCAGCUUCAAAGCCAGAAAAUCCCUAUCAACUGGCUCCCAUCGGAACUCUUGAUCCAGAUCUUUCUCGUCUUUGUUGCAGAGGAGACGACCGCUCGCCUUCCGUACAAUCCAGCUCCAUUGGUCAUCUCCCACAUAUGCCACAAGUGGCGCCAACUCUCGCUCACUUCGUCGCAACUCUGGUCGUUCAUCUCCUAUAGAUGCGUUGCUUUCAAACUACCGCCGCUACAGGCCUUUAUAGAUCGCUCAGGAAGCACAGAAAUCACCUUCACCUUCGUCUCACCGUUGGACGGUGUGAUGCAAAAUGCUGCGGAAAUGGCUGUUACCGAACGUAAUACUUCGGAGGGACUCAUUCAGGUCUUAGGGCCCCAUUUCUCUCGAGUGCGAUCUAUCACAUUUAAGUGCCACUUCGCGGCGUCCAUGCUACCGGUGUUCUCCACUAUGCACAAGAGAAGUUUUCCUAAACUCCGUUAUCUUGAUCUUGCGCUCUGUUCCCAAGACCCCAGUGCUAUUCGACUACCCCACCUACCCACGAACGAAAUGCCUAGUGAGAAUGAGACAUGGACAGACAGCGUCCUCGCUGAUCUACGGUUAGAACAAGUACCACCUGCAAGACUACCAUCCUACUUGUUGCGGACUGUGCAGGUCCUCGAGCUCUCAUAUCCACCACGGCGAACUGCCACCGCUAGGCAGGGACUUUUCAUACAAACGAUGUCAGAGAUGGUCCAGUUGCUACACCAGACUCCCCGGCUCCAUGAGCUGAUCAUAACGGGAGUGAGCUUUUAUUGGGACAUUACUCAGACAGAUCUUCAGGUCGCUCGUCUCCCGGAGGGUAGUAUACCCGUCAAUGCGGUUGAAAUUCUCACAUUGAGGCGCCUUCAUUGGAAGUUUGCAUAUCCCAGAGAUAUUUAUCCCUUCUUGUCCUUUCUGGUGUUACCUCGCCUGGAACACUUCGAUCUUCUGAUCGCACAGCCUCCCACGAAGCGUUAUGAAGUCUCUCACUUCCGCGGAAAUCAUAUUCACAACCAGGAUUCUUUCACACAUGCGGGGCCGCUCUCAAAUACCGUGACACUAAACGUGCUGAAGGAACUUAACAUCAGCUGCCACAGCGAAGAUACGCUUGGUUCAUCGCUCAGGCAGCUUCUGUUUCCCUCUCUUGAGAAGCUUGACAUCGCGUUCGUGGGACAACAUUUACGCAAGGAAUCCGGUCUACCCGUAUUGUCUCGUCUGGAGUCUAUCUUUAGAGAUCCACGCCUUCCUCACCUCACCCACCUUACACUCUCUCACUUCGAUAUCCCACCUGGCCAUGGCAAAGCCACUCUGGCGUACAUGCCCUGCAUAAUUUCCCUUACGCUCGGAGGAUGCACUGGGGUAGAUGAGGUGUUGAAAGCGCUUGGGGAGUCAUAUGGCUCUGUUCCAGGUGGGCGAGGCAGCUGUGCACCGAGAACGUGUGGAGUACGCAUUUGCCCGCGAUUAGAAGAACUGGUUCUUUGGAGUUGCAACGACUUCCAUUUCGAAUCUUUGUUCUCGGUGGUACAUGCCAGGUCAGGUGAAGCUGAUGUAGGCGUGGUCGGGGUGGAUGUGGCCUCGGCUGUCUUGGGUCGAAAGAUACGCCCCUUGAAGAAGCCUCGCAAUGCUAAGGACAGCACGAUACACGUUGUCGAUCCUGGGUCACAUACUGUUUCAGGCGCCAUAUCCACUCUUAUCCCAAUCGAAGAGGCCUUGCAUCCCACAGGCAUUACGUGCAUCCACUUGGAAGAUUGCCCACCAAUCAGUGAAGACCAGGUGUUAUCCCUAGAAAGACUCGGGGCAGUGGUUACAUUGCGGUGA